AUGCGGAACAACGACUGCGUGACGGAACUUCCAGAAGACGUCUUUCGAAACAUAUCUUUUCAGUUUAUCACCUUAUUUGAUGUCUCUAACUUGCGCAUCAUUCAUCGCACAGCAAUUCUUUCGUCAAAACAUCGGCUCAAUAAAAUGUGGAUUAUCAACAGUGCUAUUGAUGACUUUCCAUGGGUAAUUCUUCCGGAGUUGACCGAUCUGAAGGAGCUCCACCUCAAUGGAAAUUUCCUGACAGUGUUACCAACCCUCAGCAGUGACACCCUGGUGUACCUCUCGCUUCAAAGGAAUCGUAUAUCCACACUGGAACUAGAAUGGAACAUCCCAAACUUGGAGGUUCUGGAUUUGGACGAGAAUCCUAUCGGAGAUUUCCCGACUGGUUUCUUCGUCAGCUUCGAGAAAUUGAAUACGUUCGACUGCGCAUCCUGUGACCUGGGUCCGACUCUUCGUUCUGGAUCAUUGGAAUUCCAAACUCAGGCCUUAAAGUCACUGUUUCUGAUAGCCAAUAACAUUUCGACCGUGGAACCAGGAGCCAUUACAGGUGUCACAAACAAAACAAAUGUUUACCUAAGGGAUAAUCUGAUCGCCAAACUGACGGAAGAGACCUUUCGCCCGAUCUUGGAAGUUGUCUCACGAGGGGAUGGAAAGCUCUAUCUCGAAAACAACCCAGUCGUGUGUGGGUGUCGCAUGGAGUGGUAUGCGCUCAAUUCAGACUUCAAUGAAAAGUUGUUGGGGAAUUGUACCGAUGGAACUGACUUUGAAAGCCUGACUGCGAAUUUCUUCAGAGAUUGCCUCUUUCUUGUGGCAGCGACUCCUCCAUCAUCAUCAUCAUUUCAGAAGAGAUUUUAG